AUGACCGAAGACAGUAGUGAUACCGUCUGGGGCGUGAUGUGCAUGGUGCCACAACCAGACUACCCGGACAUCCGAAAGAAGUCGAGCAUUCGCUCCAAAGCAGACAAUGUGCAAAUUAUCGCACGGGAAGGGGAUAGCAACAAUCUCACACGGUUCUACAUCGAGGUUCCAGAAGGCACCAGACAGAAAGAUGUGAAGUUGGAGAAUAUCCAGCAGGCAGCAAGGAACAUCUUCUGCCAAUUUAACGUGGAUUUUACAGAGACGGUGACGGCCGGCCUACUCGAUCGGACAACUCCACGCGGCCAUUUUCACAAGGACUACCGCGUCUUCCUCGCGGGAGAUGCAUGUUAUACGCAUUCGCCCAAGGCCGGUCAUAAACUUCAGUUUACAGGAUUGGAGCAAAUAUUGGCUGGAAAUUGGCCAUGGAUUUAA